UAGGUUAAACGGUGCGAUUCAAAUGUGAAGAGAGAAACCCAUCCUGUGAUAAUGGUUUUGGCACCGGCACAGGGCAUUGGGCAAGUCUAGAACAAUACCGAGAUCAGGUACACAUAUAUCUAUCUCUCUCGCUCUAUAGCUUCCUCGAAUCUAUUGUUUCUGUAUCUUCCAACAAUGGCUCCCGCUCCCAAAGACGAAGGUUUGAAGAAGCUCGAGUUCCUCUCCCUCGUCUCCAAGGUCUGCACGGAACUGGAAACGCAUCUAGGGUUUGGUGACAAAAUCCUCGCCGAGUUCAUUACCGACCUAGGGCGGAACUGCGAGACCGUCGACGAAUUCGACGCCAAGCUGAAGGAAAACGGCGCUGAGAUGCCCGAUUACUUCGUCCGAACGCUUCUGACGAUAAUCCACGCCAUUCUCCCUCCGAAGCCCAAGUCGGAGAAGGAUUCGAAGAAAGAGAGCGCUUCGGAUGGUAGGAAGGCCAAGUACGCGGCGCUGGCGAUCUCCGAUAAUAGGGAGAGAGCUAAGGAGAUCGAGAGGGAACUCGAGUUGGAGACCCGCGAGCGGCGGGGAGACAGAGAAGAACGCGAAGAAGAAGGAGAAGACAGGCAUAGACGAAGGGACAGAGACAGAGAUAGAGAUAGAGAUAGAGACAGAGACAGAGACAGAGACGGAGAUAGAAGAGAUAGGCGUAGGGAUAGAUACGAUAGAGAUGAGAGGCGUAGAGAUAGGGAUAAUGAAGAAGAUGAGGAUGAUGGAAGGGAUUAUAGGAGUAGGGAAAGGCACAGGGAUCGGUACGAGAAGCCUAGGAGAGAAGAAGAGAAUUUGGAUAAUAGAGAUAGAAAUCGGCACGAGAAGCCUAGGAGAGAAGAAGAGAAUUUGGAUAAUAGAGAUAGAAAUCGGCACGAGAAGCCUAGGAGAGAAGAAGAGAAUUUGGAUAAUAGGGAUAGAAAUCGGCGGUACCAAUCAGAUGAGCCGGAAUUGUAUAAGGUUUACAAGGGCAGGGUUUCGAGAGUGAUGGACACGGGCUGCUUCGUGCAAUUGAAUGAUCUGAAGGGUAAGGAGGGUUUGGUUCACGUUUCGCAGAUUGCGACUCGUAGGAUUGGAAAUGCCAAGGACGUAGUGAAGCGUGAUCAAGAAGUUUACGUGAAGGUGAUAUCGAUUUCGGGUCAGAAGCUGAGUCUUUCUAUGAGGGACGUAGAUCAGCAUACGGGUAAGGAUUUGCUUCCCUUGAAGAAGAGCUCGGACGAGGAUACGAUGAGGGCAAACCCAUCCAGCGGGUCGAAGGAGGGGCCAGUGAUGAGGACGGGGCUUUCGGGGAUUAGGAUUUUGGAGGAGAACGACACCGCGCCCUCACGGAGACCGUUGAAGAGGAUGAGUUCACCGGAGAUAUGGGAAGCUAAGCAAUUGAUUGCUUCAGGUGUUUUGAGCGUUGCGGACUAUCCGACUUAUGAUGAGGAAGGAGAUGGAUUGAUGUAUCAAGAAGAGGGUGCUGAGGAGGAGCUCGAGAUUGAGAUGAACGAGGAUGAGCCUUCGUUCUUGCAAGGGCAAAGCAGGUAUUCAUCUGAUAUGUCACCUGUGAAGAUUUUCAAGAACCCAGAAGGUUCUUUGAGUCGUGCUGCGGCCCUGCAGUCUGCGCUGAUAAAGGAGCGUAGAGAAGUUAGAGAACAGCAACAGAGGACAAUGUUGGACUCUAUUCCCAAGGAUCUGAAUCGUCCUUGGGAAGACCCUAUGCCGGAGACAGGUGAGAGGCAUCUAGCGCAGGAGCUCAGGGGUGUUGGUUUAUCAGCAUAUGACAUGCCGGAGUGGAAGAAGGAUGCUUAUGGAAAAUCCAUCAGUUUUGGGCAGAGGUCGAAGCUCUCCAUUCAAGAACAAAGGCAGAGCUUGCCAAUAUACAAGUUAAAGAAGGAACUCAUCCAGGCUGUGCAUGACAAUCAGGUCCUGGUUGUAAUUGGCGAGACUGGUUCGGGUAAGACAACUCAGGUGACUCAAUACCUUGCAGAAGCUGGAUACACUACCAGGGGAAAAAUUGGUUGUACUCAGCCCCGUAGGGUGGCUGCGAUGUCUGUGGCCAAGAGGGUUGCUGAAGAGUUCGGUUGUCGGUUGGGUGAGGAAGUUGGAUACGCUAUUCGAUUUGAGGAUUGUACUGGUCCAGAGACGGUCAUCAAGUAUAUGACAGAUGGUAUGCUUCUUAGGGAACUUUUGAUUGAUGAGAACCUUUCUCAGUACUCUGUUGUUAUGCUCGACGAAGCACAUGAGAGGACAAUACACACGGAUGUUCUUUUUGGAUUACUCAAGCAACUAGUGAAACGGAGACCCGAACUUCGUUUGAUCGUCACGUCUGCCACGCUGGACGCAGAGAAGUUUUCAGGGUAUUUCUUCAAUUGUAAUAUAUUUACAAUUCCUGGUAGAACUUUUCCUGUGGAGAUUCUCUACACCAAACAGCCGGAAAGUGAUUAUCUAGAUGCAGCUUUAAUUACUGUGUUACAGAUUCACUUGAUGGAACCUGAAGGAGACAUCCUUCUCUUCUUGACUGGUCAAGAGGAGAUUGAUUUUGCCUGCCAGUCUCUCUAUGAGAGGAUGAAAGGGCUAGGUGGUAAUGUCCCAGAAUUGAUUAUUCUGCCAGUGUAUAGUGCGCUUCCUAGUGAAAUGCAGUCAAGGAUAUUUGAACCUGCCCCUCCAGGGAAGAGGAAAGUGGUUGUGGCUACGAACAUUGCUGAGGCUUCUUUGACUAUUGAUGGGAUAUUUUACGUCAUUGAUCCUGGGUUUGCAAAGCAAAAUGUGUAUAACGCAAAGCAAGGGCUGGAUUCACUGGUCAUUACUCCUAUUUCACAAGCAUCAGCUAAGCAACGAGCUGGGCGUGCUGGGCGUACGGGGCCUGGCAAAUGUUACCGCCUCUACACUGAGAGUGCAUACCGCAAUGAGAUGUCCCCUACUUCAAUUCCUGAAAUCCAGAGGAUAAAUCUUGGGUCUACUACACUUAACAUGAAAGCUAUGGGGAUAAAUGAUCUUCUGUCUUUUGAUUUCAUGGAUCCACCUUCACCUCAAGCUCUCAUUUCUGCCAUGGAACAGCUGUACAGUCUAGGAGCUCUUGAUGAGGAGGGGCUUCUGACCAAAUUGGGCCGGAAAAUGGCAGAAUUUCCUCUUGAUCCGCCAUUAUCUAAGAUGCUGCUUGCCAGUGUGGACCUUGGAUGCAGUGAUGAGAUUUUGACAAUCAUUGCAAUGAUUCAAACGGGAAAUAUCUUCUACAGGCCUAGGGAGAAACAAGCCCAAGCAGAUCAGAAGAGAGCCAAGUUUUUCCAGCCAGAGGGAGACCAUUUGACAUUACUUACAGUUUAUGACGCUUGGAAAAAUAAUAACUUUUCUGGGCCAUGGUGUUUUGAGAACUUUGUUCAGUCUAGAUCCUUGAGGAGGGCACAGGAUGUCAGAAAACAGCUACUCACCGUCAUGGACAAAUAUAAAUUAGACGUCGUGAGUGCAGGAAGGAAUUUUAUGAAGAUCAGGAAGGCAAUUACUGCAGGAUUCUUUUUCCAUGCGGCUAGAAAGGACCCACAAGAGGGCUAUAGGACCCUAGUUGAGAACCAACCAGUUUAUAUCCAUCCAAGCAGUGCUCUUUUCCAGAGACAACCCGACUGGGUCAUCUACCAUGAGCUGGUGAUGACUACAAAGGAGUACAUGCGAGAGGUCACAGUUAUAGAUCCCAAAUGGCUUGUGGAACUGGCCCCAAGAUUCUUCAAAGUGGCAGAUCCUACAAAGAUGAGCAAGCGCAAAAGACAAGAAAGAAUUGAACCGCUUUAUGACAGAUAUCACGAACCUAACUCUUGGCGUCUGAGUAAACGUCGUGCUUGAGAUGUGUUUCAGCGAAUCAGUCUUCUCUUUAUUUGAAUUGUGUAUCUUGUUGUGAAUGUCAAUAUUCUCCUUGUAUAAUUUUAUGAAGUUUUUGAUGCUCUAAAUGACCUUGAUCAAUACUGAUGAAAAGUUUUCCCAACGUUUAUAUGUUGGGGCAAUUGCUGGUUUCUCAGUUAACUACAUUCUUAUUUUACAUUAUUGACUUUUAUUAAUUGAAGUUGUGAAUCCUGACUGAA